AUGGCGAAACGACUUUCCUCUCCGUCCGACUACCACGGUCUGCUCGACAAGUACGAUACAUGGCUAUUCGACUGCGACGGCGUGCUCUGGCAGGGCGACCGCCUUAUCGAGGGUGUCCCGGAGGUGCUGAGCCUCCUACGGCGAAGCGGCAAGAAGAUCUUCUUCGUGACGAACAAUGCGACCAAGUCGCGGAAGAACUACAAGAAGAAAUUUGACCAGCUCGGCGUCGAGGCGCAGGUGGACGAAGUCUUUGGCUCCGCGUAUGCAUCCGCGGUGUACAUCUCCUCGGUCAUGAAGCUGCCGAAGGACAAGAAGGUGUACGUGAUCGGCAUGAAGGGCCUCGAGGAGGAGCUCGACGAAGAGGGCAUCGCGCACAUCGGUGGCACAGACCCCGCAGACAACACUCUCGCAGAGUUCCACCUGAAGCACUUCACGCCCGACCCGGCCGUCGGCGCAGUGCUCUGCGGGCUCGACACGUCGAUUAACUACACGAAGCUCUCCAAGGCGUUCACGUACCUGCGACGCAACGCGGACUGUGUAUUCCUCGCGACGAACACGGACAGCACGUACCCGAGCGCAGAGGGCCUGCUGCCUGGCGCAGGUUCGAUCAGCGCGCCGCUCGCAUGUGCGCUCGGGCGGCAGCCACUCAGCAUCGGCAAGCCAGCGGCGACGAUGCUGGAUUGCAUCAAGGCCAAGUAUCAAUUCGAUCCCACGCGCACGAUCAUGGUCGGCGACCGGCUAAACACGGACAUCGAGUUCGGCAAGCGGGGCGGGCUUGCGACUCUGCUUGUGCUCACCGGGAUUACUCAAGAGUCCGAGGUCGUAGGCCCGGAGGCGUCCAGCACCGUCCCAGACUACUUUACCAAUUCAAUUGGAGACCUGCGCGCCGCGCUCUCGUGA